UCUCUCUUUCUCUCUCUAUACAUACUCUCUCUCUCUCUAGAAAUUCGCAGACUACACCGCCGCGAGCAAUGUCUAUAAACUCAACAGCCGCCGUGGAAGUCGAUUCUGCAGUCUGGCACGCGGUCGCCGGGGCCGAAGUGCACAUUCCGGCGAUUAAUUCCUACGUCUACUACUUUCCCCAGGGGCAUUUGGAGAAUGUCUCCGCCACCCCCGCCCCUGCCGCUGCUUACAAUUUCAACCUAAUGCGGCCGUGGAUUCCGUGCCAAGUGAUUUCCGUUCGAUUCCUCUCCGAUCCGGUCACGGAUCAGGUUUUCUCCAAAGUCCUCCUCCAGCCGCUGCAACCGCUCGGCCACCGGCAGAACAACGCACUCAACUUCGCCGAAAGCGACGUCGUCACGUACGCGAAGGUCCUGACCCGAUCCGACGCCAACAACGGCGGCGGAUUCUCCGUGCCUCGGUUUUGCGCGGAUAUGAUCCUUCCGCAGCUCGAUUUCGAGGCGGAUCCGCCGGCGCAGAAUCUGUUGCUGAGAGACACUCUCGGCCAUGCAUGGGAGUUCCGCCACAUCUUCCGCGGCACGCCACGGCGGCACCUCCUCACCUCGGGGUGGAGCAGAUUCGUCAACGCGAAGAGCCUCAUCGCCGGAGAUGCGGUCGUUUUCAUGAAGAAGAGAUCCACCGGCGAUCUGUACCUCGGGAUCCGCCGCGCGGUGACCUUCGUCGGCGCCGGGGGCGGCGCCGACACCGGCGCGGUUGUCGGCGCGGUGCAGAGGGCGGGGAGGGGGCUGGUUUUCGAGGUGGUGUACUAUCCUAAGGCAGGAUCGCCGGAUUUCAUCGUGAUGGCGGAGAAGGUGAAGGAAUCGCUGCAGAUGAGGUGGGUGGCGGGGAUGAAGGUGAAGAUGCAGGUGGAGACCGAGGACGCGUCGAGGAUGACGUGGAUGUUGGGGGUCGUGACCGCCGCGGCAACGCCGGUCAGCGGAGUCUGGUGCGGCUCGCCCUGGCGCAUGCUCAAGGUGAAUUGGGAAGACCCCGAGGGUUCGGAGGAGAUUACUACCAGGACCGUGAACCCGUGGCAAGUCGACUACAUCCCAUUCUCUCCACUAAUGGCCCCCGGCUUCCAUCCGGCGAAAAGGCUCAAAUUCUUGCAAAACAACGGCAAUUAUUUCCCUCCGGCCAACCACUUCGCCGGCAACCCCAGCGCCGCCGCCGCUCCCAUCUUCGACUUCUCUCACUAUAUGGGCAGGGAGCCUGCCGCCGGCGCCCGCUACCAGCUCCAGCCGGCGCUGAACAAUCUCCACCGCGCCAUCGAGAAUUUCCAGCCGGCGAUGAUCAACAACAUCCUCCCGGAGAUGGUGCUCAACCGUGUCCACCACCCACCCGGCCUGCACAACCUCCAGCUGCAGGCGGCGGCAAACAACGACGUCCGGCUACCGGCGCCAGCGAACAACGUCGUUCAGCCACCGGCGGAGGCGGUGAAUAAUGAGGCGGAGCAGGAUUUGAUCUCCGUGUCGAAGGCGCUGAGCAUUGGGAGCUCGUCGGAAAUUAUGUCGCCGGUGAGCCAGGGCAGCGUGCAGGGAGCUACGUCAUUCCUGCUGUUCGGGAAGACGAUUGAGAUGGCUGGGGACGAGGAAGGAGAGGAAGGUGAGAGUGGUGCCGGCGGAGAGGGUGGUGAUGAUGGCGGUGAGAGCUGUGGGUGA